GCCAUGGAGGGACCACACCGCAGCUGCCUCCUCCUCCUCCUCCUCUGCCUGCUCCCACCGCCGGGCAUCCCAGGCCCACCGCCGCCUCUGGAGGAGCCUCGGGAGCCGCCGCUGCCGCCGUCCAGCCCCGCUGACCCCACCGCCCAUUUGCUGCGCGGCCACCCCUCGGCCCCGGAGCGGCCCUACAGCCUGUCGCUCUCCCCCGAGGAUUAUCGCUACGCCCCCAAGCCCCGGCACCUGCGCCCCGGGCGGCUGCGCCGGCUCCUGGGCUCAGCCUUCGACCCCUUCUGGAUGGCGACCGAGGAGCCCCGCGGCCGCAACGGGAGCGUCCUCGAGGGGAACCUGGAGUCCACGAGCAGGGAGCUGUCCGAGGGUGCCGGGCGAUAUCACCGCAAGCUGUGGCGAGAGGUGGAGGGGUUGGAGUUGCCCACCCUGCUGCCCCCCGCCCCAGAGCUGUCCCCAGAGCUGGCGGGGUCCCUGGCCCGCCGCCUGCGACAGUGGCUUGUGGAACGGGCCAGCUGCCGCCUCACCUCCGCCUGGGUGGACCUGGGACCCGUGUUCUGGCCGCGCUGGGUGCGGCACACCACCUGCGAGACCGGCCCCCCCGGCUGCUCCUGGCCCCCCGGCAUGACCUGCCGGCCCGCACAGCUCACCCGCAUCAAGCUGCUGGCCUGGCACUGCUGGACCCCGCAGCACCCCGGCCCCCCAAACUGCACCUGGCGGCACAUCCCAUACCCCGUCGUGGCCGCCUGCAAGUGCUCCUGCCGCUGAGGGGGGGGGGCGCUACGGAGGUACCGCCCCUGCCUGCCUGGUCCCGCAGCCAAAAGGCCUGAACAUUUGCCUGGACUCACCCUAUGAGCUGGGGGAAAAUCUCCCGAACAGAAAUAAACCUCCAGGAAGGA